AUGCCAUACCUGAUCCAGCCACCAGCGCACUCCAUCGACACGUGCAAUCAGCCUUUUACCUAUACGCUUGCUGAUCCUACCCCUUCCGAGCUCUCUAAAAUCAAGGACCUUCAGAAGUGGGGCUGGCAAGUCUCUUUGCACUCUCAAGACGAUGAAAAGUGUCUUGCCGCUACAAAGGGAAUAGAAAAAGCGAUAAAGAAGAAACGGCGCAGGACCCAGAUGGUAUACGGCGAUAUGAUGGGCGAUGGUUCAAGGCCCACUUUUGAGGAGGUUUGGGAGCAGGAAUCGAUUAAAAGAUCAACGCAGAGACUAUUUGAGACGGAGGCAAAGGAGAUGGAUAUUAGUGAUCAAGCGACCAUAAUGUCUCACAUGACACAACAGAAAAUUUGGUUGCAUUGGGCUGAUGAAGAAGCUGAGUGGGAAGCAGAGAAAUUCAACGAUAUCCAAGUCGUCAAUGAGCAUUCCCUGCUGCCGAAUCCCUCCAAUUUAGAAGACGAUGAAACAAUGGACGAGUACUUGUACCAAAGGUCUGCUGUCAUUCCUGUCACAAGAAGGCAAACUAAAAGUGCAUCCUAUUUUGUUGAGGAAGAUGAGACCAACUGGCACACUGUUGCGUCGCCGCACUCUUCUCGAAGCACUGUUUCUCAAUUUCCAGCUCAGGAGACCCUACAAUACUCUCUAUCUUCCACGUCAAAAGCCUCUUCAGAGGAGUUAGAUUUUCUCCUUCUAGAUCCCCAUAUGCUUGCCAUGGCUACAUGCGGACACUGGUGUCCGCCUGCAUUCCUUCAUGCCUGGUCGCGUCAAAAUCCUCAACCCACAUCUGCUGCACCACGCACCAAACUUUCAUCAAAAGACCCCAAAAAGCCUCAGAAACUCAGGAAGAAAAUGGCUCGCCGUUACUCAGAACCUAGCUUGAACUACUGGCUGUCCUUCGGAUUUGCCAGGCCUUUGUCCUGGGUGAAAAGAAAGCGAAAUGAGAAAGCAGUGGGGAAUGUAAAUUUGAUUGCACCGCAACAACAACAGAUUGAGAGUUCGGGCGAUGCCAAGAGGCCUUUAGGUACUGUUUCAUUGCAUAGUACGCUUCAAUCCUUUCGGCUGUCACGUUCCACCGCUUCGUCUGAUACUUCUCCCAGUACUCUUCAACCAACCACUUCGACUGGCAGCAAUCCAAGUCCUGAUUCACAACCAAACGCAGUAACUCUAUACCAACCGGAACCCCGCAGUGUCUCACCAGUACCUUCUACUGCCUCGAGCCUCAUCUUCCCCGGUCGUGAAAUAACACAAGAAGAAUACUUUCGGCGCACGAAUCGACCGCAAGAUAAUUUACAGCCUCGUCAACUAACGCCGCCACUAGGACUAGAAGAAGAAAACGACCCCUACGAGUGGCAAGCGUGGAAUCUUGGGCGCGCUCGUCAACAAAGUAAAACUGACCGUAUGCUUGGACGACGUAACUUGCGUAGAUCAAGUGCUGGGGAUACUAGUAAGGGAAGGACUAAGAACAACUGGUAUGAUGAAUUUCGGAAGAAGAUGAAGGAGGAGCAGGUGCAAACGCAAAAGGAGCGGAAGGAAGCCAACAAAAAGAAGAAGAAAGAGUUGGGGAAGUUGGAGAAGCAGGAGAGAAUAAACAGGGAGGCGGAAGCGAGGGAGAUGCUGAAGAAACAAGGCAUGUUUUCUGUGGGAUAUUUACCUAGGUAUGCAUAA